UCACGAUCUUAAGGUUUUUAAACAUUUUUAAAACAAACAUUCUUUCUCAAGGGGAAGUCUAUUAUCGUCCAUCGUUGACACAGUUUAUUUUAUUACGGGUAUAAACAAAUUGGAUAUGUUGCUGUUAUCUGUCAUUACCCUGGGGAUUUACAGCUUUGCUGACAGUCUUACUGUUACAGAACUGUCAAAAUUUACAACAUCAGGAAACUUUCCUCAAUCAACAGUGAGAGUCGAUACAACCCCAUCAGAUAGACAUAAUAUUUAUGCAUCGGGGAUACCAGAUCAUCCAUGGGAAAAAGUUAAUCCGAAUGAUGCAACUGAUCAAAACUAUAACAUCAGUAUUCCAAAAAUACCAAGUUACAAUAAUGGAGCGCAUGGUUGUGUCCCAAUGGGCAUGAUUGGUAUUACAAGGACAGGCGUAGCCAUAUUCAAUCCGUUAAAUGUUGACCUUGAAAAUGCAGUUGAAGGGCAAACACGAGAGACUUUUGACAGUUGUGAUGGCCAUCCAACAAACGCAGGAUCAUAUCAUUAUCAUAAAAUUCCAGAUAGCUGCCUGUAUAAAGGAGAGGUCGACGAGUUCAUUGGUGUCGCUUUAGAUGGAUUUCCAAUAUAUGGUCCAAAUGCAUCAGAUGUUAACGGUCUGCUGACGUCAACUGACCUUGACGAAUGUCAUGGUAGAGAGGUUAAUGGAGCCUAUCGAUAUCAUGCGACAGAGACAUGGCCUUACUUUCUUGGAUGUUUCAAGGGUGUGGUAUUAGAAAAUUUGCCUGGUUUGCAGUACAAUUGUGAACCAGCUAAUAAAACCUCUGCAGGUUGGGAAGACUGGAAAGAAUGGAACGGAUAUCUUUGUAAUUGUCUACAGCAGGGAGGACAGGGUGGUGGAAAUAUGCCAGAUCCAUCUCAAUGUGGACAGAAUAAUCCAAACCGACCAGCUAACUGCCCUAAUGUUCAAGAAUGCAUGAACAAUAACAAUCCUCCUAUGUUUUGUUACGACAUAUGCCAACAACAGGGGAAUCGUCCUCAAUUUUGCCAGACAUUACCUGCUAAUGAUAAUAGCGACGCACCUGUAAAUGAUGGCAGCGACGCAUGUUCAGUAGCAGCUAUCAAAAUUUAUACUAUUCUUUUGACAUUUAUAGCAAUGAUUUUUAUCUGAUGUAAACAUUUGGAUCACUUCAAUAUGCUGUGCUUAAAUGGAUUUCAAUGCAAUAAUUAUAUAUGUAAAUCAUUUUUUUCUUCAACAUUAUAUGCUAAAGCAAAUGAAGAUGAGUGCUUAACCAAUUCUGCAGACAACAUUGCCGAACUAUAUUUGGCAAAACUUUUAGGA